GUGCAGCUGGAUGAUAAGCAUCGAGCUCUCACAUCAAUCGACGGAUAUAAGCUGUGCCAGAGACACGGCAGCAGCGCAGGAGCUCACUACACCGCCAGCAGCACAGCAGACUCGCGGCAUCGCUCGAUAAAUUUUGGUGUGACGUGCCCCACAGCUUAGGGAGAGAUUUGGAGCUCGAAGCGCGCGUACGGCGACACGCAGCGAGCACAGCAGCUCAAGGGAGAUCGUACGACGAAGGCGAGCCCAGACGCAGCGAUGUGCCAGCCCCCGAAGCCGCCCACCAAGGCCUGCGGCGCCUGCGGCCUCGAGAAGGACGCGUCCUGCUACUCGAAGAAGCAGUUCGCCGCGAAGGCGACGCGCCGCUGCCGCGACUGCCUGGCCAAAAACGCCGACGUCAAGGAGGAGGUGGCGAUUAGUAGGGCGCCGGGGCCCCUCGCGAAGACGAUCUGCUGGGACCUCUACUACUUGCUGUUGGGUGCCGGGAAAGAUGACGCGUCGCCCCAGGCCAAAAAAGAGGCUUAUCUCAGAGCGACGCAAGGCUUAACAGAGCCGGAGAUCCGGCAGGACGACUUUAGCGACCGGGAGGCGGCCUGCAUGGCCGCGUUGCGAGGCAUGGCUUUACUUGACACUCCUUGUGGUGCGGACGGCCGACCGGCUGCUUUAGUCUUGGUUUCAAGAGCAACACUCUGGCUCGCGAGGGCCGCUCUCCGCGCGAGACCCCUGGAAUUCGAUUUAGUGGCGUACAACAAGAUGUUCGAGGACGGCGGGCAACCGUUACAUAUCGUCCUCAAGUGCUACACCGUGGCGUUGCGCAAAUUCCCCCAGGCCGCGUCUUUAUGCCUCGCUUUAUAUGCGCACGCGUGCAUCCGAGCCGUGGCGGCCGAGCGCGGCUCUCCCGAAGUCGUGCGGCCGGCCUGGGGCGAGGCCUGGCUCGUCCGCGCCGAGGUCGAGGUCUUCCUGGGCGAGCUGCACGCCGCGGCUCACGCGAAGUCGGCGACGGGCCGGAGACCUCUCGGAAGGCUAGGACCGGACAAGGACGACAAGGCCUCGUCAUUUCUUGAUGAUGACGCUUUACUAGCCCAAACGUCGCAGUGGGAGGUGUCCGUGCCCGGGUAUGCGCCGCAGCGCGUCGGCGCGCCCGGUAGCAAGGCACCGUCCACGCAUUUGGCGACCUACUGGUGGGGCCUCGAGGAGAAGGUGGCAAAAGUAAUAUUAGCGAAGUCCAUCGGCCAGGCCCUGGGAUGCUUAGAAAGGUGCCACGGCGCGUGCAAGGCCGACGAGCGGAAACGCCUCGAGACGCGCCACCGGGACUGCGAGGUCCAGGCCUUCCGGCGGGGCGCCGCGGCGCUGUGUGCUUGUUCCGCCGGUAUUGAUGCGGGCGACGAGCACAAACAUAGAUAUCUUGACGGCUUCCGCAAGCUCGUGCCGGGCGAGCCGCAUGCUGCCGACGACGCCUUCGUCAACUCAUUAGAAAGGGAACAGGGCAAGGUGUCGCUCUGGGCCGUCGCUUCUGUCGACGGCGCGGCCUGCGUCGUCGACGUCGGCGACUCGUCGGCCUACGCCGGGGCGGUCCUCGCCAAGGCCUCCGUUGAUCUCUCAGAUGCCGCAACCGUGCGGCAAACGCUCGUCGAGGCCAUGGCCGGCGCGUCGGACGAGGCGCGGUGUAUGGCCGGGCCUCCGAGAAGACCGCGCAGCAUCGAGUUCCAUUCGGACCUGGAAACCGUCGCCGAGGCGCUGCGGGACGACCUGAAACAAGCCUUCGACGUCGACGUCGUAAUAGGCAAGAAGGACGCGCCGAAGCGGAACGCGUUCAAAGCCUGUCGGUCCGGCGACGCGCCGCCCUUCGCGGCCGGCGACGCCGUGCGCGUCGGCGGCCUCGUGAGCAAGCCGCAGCACAACGGCCGCGCGGGCGCCGUCGCGCGGUGGCUGCCGGCCAAGAAGCGCUUCGAGGUCACGCUGGAGGCGACGGACGAGCUGCCCGAGACCUCGCUCGCGCUCAAGGCCGAGCACCUCUCGAUCGUCGGCUGACGGUCGACAACUUCCCCUUCCCCGCGCGCAUGGCUUUCCUACCCCCCUCAGUCGCUCGACCGGGCCCUGCGCGCACAUAAAUUAGUGGAAAAAUAGUCUCCGGGUAAGGUGCCGCUCCCG